AUGUCAUUGUCAGUCAAUUGUGAGAAGUCACGUAAACGACACUAUAGGCAGCGAAUCAUUUGUGAAACGUGCAAGAAUGAAAUUGACUCGGACUAUAAAGACGACCAUGUUAAAAAAGUGCAUCAGCCACAACUUAGUGACUUCUUCGUUAGUAGAGCAAAACUACCCAAGCGUUCAAUGCCUGAUAUGAAAAGCAGUGAAAGCGUUUCUUGUUCACCAAUAUCUAGCACAGAUAACACUUACUGUCAUUUUCCACAUCCAGUAGAUGAGGAUAUCAGUCAUAUCACUUCCAAUAUGACGUCAACCUCCUCUUACGUGCGGGACAUCGCUCCUUGUCAUUCGUCAGCCAUUGCUUCCAAAGUACAGGAUCCAAAGGAGAACGUCACUCUCAUUGACGUUUCAAACACUCAAUUCAACCUGCAGGACUCAACAGACGAUUUCACACUUCUACUCAGCCUUCAACCACUUCUUUCAACAUGCAUGAUUCAACGGAAAACCGCAUCAUUGAUAACUGGUCAAAUACCUUCUCCAAAGCUGAAGACUCGAGAGAAAACGUUUGCCACAACCAGUCGUCAAGCAACUCGUCUAACUCUUCCUUCAACUUGCAAGGCUCAAGAGAAGAUUUCCAUCAAAUUCAGUCUUCAAUCACCUCCCCAACUCCAUGCUGUGCACCAAAACAACCUAUACUGA